UCUCGCAACCUCCAAAACCAAAACUCCCCACAACAGGUGUGUAUUGACUUCAAUUUUAAAUAAAGACAGACUAUGUACAAACUACACUUGUAACUCUUAUUGGAGGGAAGAGGAAAAAAAAAUACGGAGCAGUGAAUUAAUUCCACCACCAUCCCCUUUCCCUUCUCUCUCUCUCUCUCUCCUUAGCUUGAAGAACAAGAGUUUGAGUUUAGUACUAGCAACUCAAGAACUGUACAAAUUUAACCGAAUCUUCCUUCUUCUCCCCACCCCAACCCAAACCCCCUUUUUCUACCCACCCCUUUUCCUCAUAUCCCCAAAUUCUCUUAAAAAUUGAGUCUUUUUUUGUUCUCUCCCUUCCAUGAUACUUCACCAUGUCCAAAAUGAAGCAUUUACUCCGUAAACUUCAUAUCGGCGGUGGUGUAGCCGAUCAGCAUCCCCACCACCCUCCUCAUCACACCCCUCCUCCUCCACCUCAUCAGUCUCCUCCGCCUUUGCUUGAUCCGAAUCAGCAAACAACGAACCGGUUUGAGCAAUCUGGGUCAACUUCAUCUGUGUCCCCGACACAAUCUGGGUCAACUUCAUCUGUGUCCCCGACACAAUCUGGGUCAACUUCAUCCGCAUUGGCUAGAGCCGCGGCUGAGUCGAAUUCGGGUUCGGUUUCAGAUUCUGCUGACUUUAAUUACUUUGAGGAGGAGUUUCAGGUUCAAUUGGCUUUGGCGAUCAGUGUUUCUGACCCGAAUUCUCGUGAAGAUCCAGAAACGGCCCAGAUCAAAGCUGCACAAGAGAUUAGCUUGGGCUGUUCCCCUUUGGAAAAUCCUGUUGAGUUCCUUUCACUUCGUUAUUGGAACUAUAAUGUCGUAAAUUAUGAUGAGAAAGUGGUGGAUGGAUUCUAUGAUGUUUAUGGAAUUAAUUCCAGUGCGGUGGUUCAGGGGAAGAUGCCUUUAUUAGUGGAUCUAAAAGCAGUUUCAGUUUUGGAUAAUGUUAAUUACGAAGUUAUCUUAGUAAACCGUGCAGCUGAUAUGGAACUGCGACAGCUUGAGGAGAGAGUGUACUUCAUGUCCCGGGAAUGCCGAGCUUUGAAGAAGGUCCCGGUUACAAGUUUUUUAGUUGAGAAAAUUGCUGAGCUUGUUGCUAAUAGAAUGGGAGGUCCUGUUAAUGAUGCAGAAGAAAUGUCAAAGAGGUGGACUGCAAGGAGUUAUGAGCUAAGAAUUUCGUUGAAGUCUAUCAUUCUUCCCCUUGGCUGUCUUGAUAUUGGACAUUCAAGACAUAGGGCCUUACUCUUUAAGGUACUUGCUGAUAGAAUCAACUUGCCAUGCAAGCUCGUUAAGGGAAGUUACUAUACUGGCACUGAUGAUGGAGCAGUUAAUUUGAUCAAAUUUGACAAUGGAAGUGAAUAUAUAAUUGAUUUAAUGGGUGCACCGGGUGCCCUGAUUCCCACCGAGGCAUCAAGUGGUCAGUUACAAAGUUAUGCAGUAGACGUGCACAGUGUUACACCACUUCCUGCUGGUGGUACUAUCAUUUCAAUUCCGGUAUUUGACACACAAACUGGGACGAAAUCAGGUUCAGUUACUGCUGCUCAUGGAACUGCCAAUACAUGGAUUUCAAGGGCUGAACCAGCUUUCUACUGCAUUGAAGCAAAGGGCGGUAGUGGAAAUAGUUCAGUUAGACCUGGAAGCACGCAGUUUGAGCAUGACUGUGGAAAUCUCCUUCCAUCAUCGACUAGAUUAUGCGACACUUCAGCAGUUUCCCAUGAUAAUACAUCUAUGGCACAGAUAACGCAAGCUAGAGAAGCUUAUGAGCAUGUGAACGGUCCUGCAGAAAACACAGAGGUUAAACUUCAAGAUGUUCUUCCAGAGAGUCAAAUGUAUUUACCAUCAGAUUUGAUUUUAGGAGUUGUUGCUGGAAAAAAUCAAUUAUCAGAGAAUAGGGUUGUUGAUACUAGACAAAGUUCAGAAAAUAACAAGCAGUCUCUUAUAGCCUUCACUGGGAUGCAGUUCCCUUACAGCAUCACCUAUGAAACUGGCAUUUUGCAGCACAAACAGGAGUAUACUGUUACUGCACCUGGAGACAAUGCAUUAAAUGAUACUUCAGGUGAUAAAUGCUAUAGGGAGAAUUUUGGAAAUAUUUCAGAUAACAAUUGUACAUACAAAGACAAAGAAUCAGCUAGUAAAGCAAGGGAAAUAGUUACUUGCAUUCAGUCCAAGUCUUACACGGUGCAGAAGGAGCAGCUUCCAAUGCUACGCGGGGUGGCAGAGUGGGAAAUUCCAUGGGAAGAUCUCCAUGUUGGUGAACGUAUUGGUAUUGGGUCAUUUGGCGAGGUAUACCGUGCAGAAUGGAAUGGCACAGAAGUUGCCGUGAAGAAAUUCAUGAAUCAGGAUAUUACAAGUGAUGCCCUUGCACAGUUUAAAUGUGAAAUUGAAAUUAUGUUGAGGCUGAGACAUCCUAAUGUUGUUCUCUUCAUGGGAGCUGUAACUCGCCCCCCAAAUCUCUCUAUACUGACUGAGUUCCUGCCAAGGGGAAGUUUAUAUAGGUUACUGCAUCGUCCAAAUAUCCAAAUUGAUGAGAAAAGGCGUAUGCGGAUGGCACUUGAUGUGGCCAAAGGAAUGAAUUACUUGCACACAAGCAACCCUGUCAUUGUGCAUCGAGAUUUGAAGACUCCGAAUCUUCUUGUUGAUAAAAAUUGGGUUGUUAAGGUUUGUGAUUUCGGAAUGUCUCGCAUGAAGCACCACACAUUUCUCUCUUCAAAGUCAACAGCCGGAACGGCUGAAUGGAUGGCACCAGAAGUUUUAAGGAAUGAACCAUCCAAUGAAAAAUCCGAUGUGUACAGUUUUGGUGUAAUAUUUUGGGAGUUGACAACUCUUAAAGUGCCAUGGUCAGGGAUGAACUCAAUGCAGGUCGUUGGAGCUGUUGGUUUUCAGGGUAGACGCCUUGAUAUUCCUGCAACUGUUGAUCCCAUAGUUGCAGAGAUUAUAAGUGACUGUUGGAAUCAAAAUUCUCAAGCGCGCCCUUCUUUUGGGCAGAUCAUAACUCGUCUCAAGUGUCUUCAGCGUCUUAAUGUCCAGGGAUUUGAAACUUGUACAAAUCAGCAAUAAGGUUGACAGGUUAGGUAUUGUUGUAAUAAUAACAGAAGGUUGUUUCUAGGCUCAAAAAGAGCCAGAGCAACUGAGAAUUGAUUGCAAAGUCUUGUGGAUGCAAAGAAGCACACAAGAAAACCCUGGAUUGGAAGCAGUUGGUUCAUUCGAAGUGGGGACUCAACGCAACCAAUUCAGAAACAGGCAGAUAUCUCCAAAUCAAUGGCUGCACGAAGUGCAGUAGUUGAAAUUAGGUCAUAGGGAUCGUCGUAUGGGGACUUGAACUAUGUAAAAUGAAAAGGAAAAAAAAAGAAAAGGAAAGAAGGAAAUAAAAUCCUUUUUAGUUAGUAUUUUAGGCUGAUGAAUGUACUACUAUUGAGAUAUGUAAUGAGUUCAAAAAACGAGCAGCAGAGGAGAAGUCUCAAUUCUGUUAAGGUCGUCAAAGGAAGCAAUUGUAAACAGUCGGCCUCUGCAGGUUGUGUACCAACAGAAGAAUAAAUGGAUAUGAGGAAAAUUUCCUGCAUUACCAUCUUCCUUCUCUUUGUUGUGCUAAAGACAGUUUUGUGUAUAGUCAUACUUGUACAGUGCUACACUUAUUUGCUAAGGGGUAGAGCCACCAAUUUGAGUAAGGAGCUUAUGUCCCUGCGGAUUCAACGCAUUGCCAAAGAGGUAUUAAAAUGCCCCAACUACUUUUGUGGGUGAACUCUUCUCUUUUGCCUGUGUUGUCAUUGUCUAAAUGUUCUCUUACACUUAGUAGGCUGUAGCCAAAUUGAGAGCAAGUGCCUACAAAUUCAAAAUGCAAAUUGUUGGCUCCUUUUAACUUAUUGGAUUAUUUGGUACAAA